AUGGAUUCGGUCUGUAUCAGAAACUUUUGCUCGCGAUUAUUAUCAAUAUAUAUAAAUGACUUACAUUAUAAUAAUACCACUCCUUUGGAUCAAAUCCUUGUUGGAUCUUCUCGAACGAGAUCUUCUGACAGUCUUGUCACUGAUUCUGCUGCUGGUGCAACGGCAUUUUCAUGUAUAAAAAAAACUUAUAAUGGUGCAAUUGCAGUUGAUCCUGAUAAAGCUCC